CCGCUCUCCUGCUGGAGCCUCUGCGCCGCCCGAGCCCUCGCCACGCCGUGGUGUACAACAGCGGGGCCUUCUUCCGCUGGUGCGACGAGCGGGCGCGCGGCAGGCCGGCCAGGAGCUUCCUCGCGCGGCCCGGCAGCGGGGUGCUGCGGGGAGCGCUCCUGGCCGUCGUCUACAGCUGCCUCGGGCGCGCGUGGCGAGGGGGCCGGCACCGGGACGCGGUGCUUGUGGCCCUGGCGGUGCUGGAGGUGUGCCUGCAGCUGGCGGAGGACGCGCUCGACUUCGACGCCUUCGCCCGCGCGCACAGGCCCGCGGCCGCCCUGCUCGACCUGCUGAGGCGGCGCUUGCGCCUCGGCGCGGAGGGCCGGCCCCUGCGCGGCCUCCAGGAGCCGGCGCGCGACUAG